CCGUGUGGGAGUAAAGAUUCGGAUUAUGACAGAUACCUCCGAAUCUUCACACAUGUAGAACAAAGAAACAGAAAGUUGUUGUACUCAUUCCGUACUGUCGAAUCGACCUAAUAUGACUUCAACUCGAACAGUGGCAGCCUGGCUUGCCACCUUUGGUCUUCUUUUAUUUUCCGUUCUUGCCCAAGAUUAUACCUGUAGCCCCACCAAGCCAUGCGCGAUAGGAUGCUGUUCAAAUGGAGGUGUUUGUGGACUGGGACCUGUCUUUUGCGCCGCAGAAAAUUGCACUUCCAGCUGUGGCUACAAGAGCGAAUGUGAUCCUGGAUGGGGUAUGCAAUGGAGUAACGCCUCAACGUGUCCGUUAAAUGUCUGCUGCAGUGCUUUUGGAUUUUGUGGAAGCACUGCCGACUUUUGUGGCGACACAAAGGUUCCCGAACCAUCGUGUAGCGGCAAUUCUGCAACGAACGGUCGUGUUAUCGGAUAUUAUGAAGGCUGGAACUUGGAGAGAUCUUGCAAUACAAUGGCACCAGAAGAUGUAACACUUGGCUACUGGACUCACAUCAAUUUCGCCUUUGCGUAUAUCGACCCGGGUACUUUUGAGAUAGCACCAAUGUCGAACGACGUCGCGGCGUUAUAUCAACGUAUCUCCGCCCUUAAACAGAAACAGAACGGCUUAGAGGUCUGGAUCAGUGUGGGUGGCUGGUCAUUCAACGAUCCAGGCUCAACAGCUACCACUUUUUCAAACCUUGCGCGUUCAACAUCCGCGCAGAGUGCUUUCUUCAAGUCUCUGAUUUCUUUCUUGGUGAACAACAAUUUCGAUGGCGUCGACCUCGAUUGGGAGUAUCCAGUAGCACCGGAUCGAUUCGGAUCUCCAGAUGAUUUUGUUAAUUAUGUCUCGUUUUUGAAGAACCUCCGUGCGGCUUUUGACAACGCGGGGUUGUCGCACAGGUUUGGAAUCUCCCUCACGCUGCCAUCUUCAUAUUGGUACCUCCAAGGUUUCGACAUCGCCGGCAUGGAGCCUAUUCUUGACUGGUUCAACGUUAUGACCUACGACUUGCACGGAACUUGGGACUCUAGCGUCAAGAGCAUUGGAAACAUCGUUCAAGCACAUACAAAUCUCACGGAAAUUAACCUAGCACUUCAACUGCUGUGGCGGAAUAAUAUCGACCCCGCCAAGGUGAACAUGGGUCUGGGCUUCUAUGGUCGAAGCUUCACGCUCACCGAUCCGUCAUGUUCGGCAACGGGAUGCCCAUUCAGUGCCGGCGGUAACGCAGGGCCUUGUACAGCCACUGCCGGGAUUCUAUCAUCUGUCGAGAUUGGGGACGUCAUCAGUGCUGGAGCCACUGUGACCUUGGACAAGGAUGCAGCAGUCAAGAUUGUGACAUGGGGAGGGAACCAGUGGGUGUCGUACGAUGAUGGUGAGACGAUGAAAACGAAGCUUCAAUACGCAAAUUCGAAGUGCUUAGGAGGAACACUUGUAUGGGCGAUGGACCUGGAUAACGGCACGAUGAUAGGAGAUAUGGGAAAGACUAGCAAUAUCUCGAAGAAAGUCGUUACGGGGGACUACAGUGGAUUGUGGUUCUAUUAAACACAGUACGAUGAGUUCAAUCUUGCGAUAGAACAUAUGGACGUAGCAUCAGAUUAUCAUGAAGCAU